AGGAGCUAGCAGAGUGCGGCUGAGCCGAGCCGAGCCGAGCAUCACAACUCGCAUACGAAGAAACGGGCAAACGCAGCACUUUUACCAUCCCCGAUUUCCGACUGGGUUCUGGCCUACGUGCAAAAACAUGCCUGCUGCGAGAAAUUGAUAUGGACUGUCGUUGAAACGGCUUACCUUUUGGAAGUGGACCGUCGCUUAGCAGGCAGAGGAGCUGCUCGAUUGUUUCCUGCGCCAAGAACUGUCAAGACAUGGUCAUUACACCACCGCAUCUGUGAUGACAACCGAGCAUCAAGUAAGUGGCUAAUCUGCAGAUCUACCAUGUCCCAAUCGCAGCGAGGCGCGCACGGCCGCGCCAUGAGCUCUGAGGAGAAGAACCCCGGGAUGGUCAACAAAACCUCCACGCCGGUACACAAGAGCGCGUCGUCCUCAUCCUCAUCCCAACGUGACAGUCGGCAGGAGGCAGACAGCUGGGAAAUCAUCGAGGGGCUGAAAAUCGGUCAGAGCCACGUCCAGAGGCCAGAUAAACACGAAGGUUUUAUGCUGAAGAAGCGGAAAUGGCCUCUGAAAGGCUGGCACAAGCGAUUUUUUGUUUUGGACAAUGGUAUGCUGAAGUAUUCCAAGUCCCCUAUUGAUAUCCAGAAAGGCAAACUGCAUGGCAGCAUCGACGUCGGCCUCUCUGUGAUGUCCAUCAAAAAGAAGGCUCGCCGUAUCGACUUGGACACCGAGGAGCAUAUCUAUCACCUCAAGGUGAAAUCCCAAGACAUCUUCGACGUCUGGGUGUCCAAGCUACGACAUCACCGCCUUUACCGACAGAACGAGAUCGUACGAUCUCCUCGGGACGCCUCCAUGCGGAUGUUCCCUUCGUCUGCCGUCGCAGAGUCCCCGCAAGCGGCUUCGAGCGUCGGACAUGACGCCAAGCAUGCGAAAGGCAGCGGGUCGCCAUGGCAAACAUCAGCGACCACCCACAGCAGCUUGCCCAUCUCCUACAGCAACGGUCAGAGCAAGGUGGCCGCCUGGCUGCAAGAAUCCGAGGAGAUGGACAAAUGUGCAGAAGAUCUUGCUCGAUGCCAGUCCAACCUGACUGAGUUGAGUGGACUCUUGAAGAGUUUGGAGAUUCUACAAAGGACUCAGUCGGCACCUAACUUUGCAGAUAUGCAGACCGCUUGCGUAGAAUUGUCAAAGAAAGAAAAGCGCAUGAACAGAAGAUGGAGGACAAAAAGUGUCGGCAAAGAUGCUAAGUUCCAGCUUCAGGUCCCGCUGUCAUCCAGCAUGUCGCCUGUCCGCCUCCACUCAUCCAACCCUAACCUCUGCGCCGAGCUGGGGGACUUCCAAGCUCCCGCUUCCCGGCUGACAGACAGCGUUGAGUCCACCUGCGACUACAUUAAACUACAAGAGGAAUUCUGCACCAUUGCCCAAAAAGUCCACACUCUGCUCAAGUCGGCCUUCAACACGGUAGCCAUAGAAAAAGAAAAGAUCAAGCAGAUUCUGUCGGACCAAGACCAGUCCGACCCAUCGACCCAGAUCCACUCCCUCAGGAAGUCUCUGUCACAGGCCAUGACCCAAAACGCAGAACUACGAACCCGGUUGAACCGCAUCCACUCAGAGUCUGUCCUGUCGGAGCAAGUCGUCAGCGUGAAUAUCAUUUCCACUCCUGAUGAGGUAGUAGAGCAGAUGGGAAUCCCGCUGACUCAGCAGGCCUCUAAUGAGAGCCGGCUCUCCAUGUCGGAGUCUGUUUCUGAGUUUUUUGACGCCCAGGAAGUGCUCCUAUCGGCCAGCUCGUCAGAGAACGAGGGUUCAGACGAUGAGUCAUACGUCAGCGACGUGAGCGAUAACAUCUCAGAGGACAACGCCAGCGUGACCGACAACGUUUCCAGACAAAUGGCUAACGGAGACUUUGCCGGCUGUGCCUUCCGUAACGGACGGCGCAGCUGUCUACCGGCGCCCAGCCCCGACACGGGUAACAUCAAUUUGUGGAACAUCUUGCGAAACAACAUCGGCAAGGACCUAUCCAAAGUCUCCAUGCCCGUGGAGCUCAACGAGCCUCUCAAUACGCUGCAGCGCAUGUGUGAAGAGAUGGAGUACAGCGAGUUGCUGGACAAGGCUGCUGAGACGGUGGAUCCCUUUGAACGCAUGGUUCUGGUCGCCGCCUUCGCUGUCUCAGGCUACUCAUCCACUUACUACCGAGCAGGAAGUAAGCCAUUCAACCCACUCCUCGGAGAGACGUACGAAUGUAUAAGAGAGGACAAGGGCUUCUGUUUUUUCUCAGAACAGGUAAGCCACCACCCUCCCAUCUCCGCCUGCCACUGCGAGUCCAAGAAUUUCACCUUCUGGCAAGAUGUGAGAUGGAAAAACAAAUUCUGGGGGAAAUCAAUGGAGAUCUUGCCAAUUGGGACAGUGAGCCUUAUGAUUCCCAGGUUUGGAGAUCACUACGAAUGGAACAAAGUCACCACGUGCGUCCACAACAUCCUCAGCGGGCGUCGGUGGAUCGAACACUACGGCGAGAUCACCAUCAGGAACACAAAAAGCAGCGCUUGCCUCUGCAAACUCACUUUCGUCAAGGGGAACUACUGGAGUUCUAAUGUUAAUGAGAUCCAAGGAUUUGUGAUGGAUCAGGAAGGGAAAGUCAUCCAUAGGCUUUUUGGAAAAUGGCACGAGGGGGUUUACUGUGGCGUCCCACCUUCUGCCAAAUGUAUCUGGAGGCCAGGCUCCAUGCCCACAGACUACGAGCUAUACUACGGCUUCACCAGGUUUGCCACUGAACUCAACGAACUUUGUCCCGAUCUUAAAGACGUCCUGCCGCGAACGGACGCACGCUUCAGACCCGAUCAAAGGCACUUAGAAGAGGGGAACUUGGAGCUGGCCUCUUCCGAGAAGCAGCGAAUUGAAAACCUGCAGAGGACCAGGAGGAAGUGGAAUGAAGAUAAUAAUAUCAAACAGGAGCCCCGCUUCUUCAAGAAAGUGGUUGACGCUAAUCACAGGGAACGAUGGGUCUCCAACAACUUAUACUGGGAGCUGCGCAAGAACCCUGGUUUCAUCAACAUGGAGCCCACAGUGAGCCUGUGGUAACACACGGCCCUUUGCUCCGCUCUCCACAUUCAGCGUCUGACUGCACACUUAAGAUGUGAGGAGACUCAUUAAAACAAGCACUUGGACGCGAGCGACAACCCCCCCCCCCCCAUUGAAGGAAACCUCACGGUCACCUUCACCGUCCUUCCAAAGGUUAUGUCGAAUUUUACUCAGCUUCUCUAACGACUCCCAAGUCGGCCUUAAACGCGGACGCCCAUACUUAGCUACGACCACAUGCAUGCUUAGAGAGCUUUCACUGGCUUCCAGCCAUACUUAUUACAUCGUUAAUGUUGUAGAAAAAUAGAUAUUUUUAUAAAAUAUCUCGGCAGAUUUUAUUUAUUUUUUGCCUUUUAAUACGGUUUGUGCCGGGGAACAAGUUGUCAAACCACACAGCUGAGGAACUAUUGACAUGUGAAUAUGUUCAGCUGAGCCCACCCCCACACGCGUCACACACAUUUUCUAUUACUAACCACUUAUCAACUGUGGCUAAAUCUGGAGCACCCCAAUCCAAAUUGCUUUGACGUCAGAUCCGAGAGAGAGGUCCUGGCAAACAGUCUCAUUCAUUCAUUGACUGAAAAAAACUUCGGGUCAAUAUAUUGAGUAGAAAACAUCACAUUCAGGCAGCUACUUGGUCAACCCCGAAACAGCAGCGCCACCUAUUGCUCAUUUAAGGAAAAUACUGCUUCUGCUACCUUAAUAGUAACUAGCCUCUAAAACUGAGAGAGCCACAACAUUGGGCAAUUUGUUUCAACACUUUUGCUGACAAACAAAACAAAGACAAUUAUUGCUUAUCAUAUAUCCACUUUCUCCCCACAACAAGUAUUUGGUUUCACUUGCUGUGCCUUAAUGCAUUUAAGAAUGACCACACACACACACACACACACUGCUGGUGAGAAGUUGUACCAUUCGCACCAAUCUGCAUCUGAUGAUUAAGCCAAAGGAACAACUUGUGUUCUUGCCAAAUAUCUUUGACAGUUGAUGUAAACGAAGCUCUUUGCUAUGCUACCAUCCAACAACACGCCAACUGAAGCAACUGUAAAUACAGCAUAUCUGGAACCCUGAAAAUAGGGGCCGUCCAUCUAUCCACUCUCUGUAGCGUUUGUCCUUAUUGGGGUCACAAGGGAGCUAGAGUCUACCCCAGCUGACUUCGGGCGAGAGGUGGGCUACACCCUGGACUGGUUGCUGGCCAAUGGUGUGAGGACUCCAUGUGGUGGUGUGUGUGUUUGAGUGACACUGCAGCACAAGGGGAAAAUAGAAUGGACAAACAAGAUGUUUUUAUUUAUAAAAAAAAAAAAAAAAAACAGCCCUCCAUCUAUGUUCUACCUGCAUGUGUAGCCUGCCAAUGAUUGUUGCAGAUGCCUUACAGAAAGGUUCUGUUUUUGUCGUGGACCGCACCGCGUCCGCUCGGUUCCCUGAUGGUACCUUCUUUCAAAAGUGCAAUUGAAACUAAAGUACAUAUCUUUUCAUCAACACUGUACACUGCUGCUACAUAGCGCUUGGACUAAUAAAACCGGACCUUCCGUG